AUGGUGAAAUGUUACAUGUUAUUAAACAAUCUUUGCGAGUCUUUUAAUGCUACAAUAGUUGAUGCCAGAGACAAGCCGAUUGUUACAUUGUUGGAAAAAAUUCGUUAUCGGCUAAUGAGUCAGUUUUUCAACAAGGGGGAAAGUGUGAAGAAGUGGAUACAUCCAGUUGGUAAAAGAAUAUUGGAGAUUGUGGAGAAGAAUAAGCAUAUUUCCAAGAACUGUUUGACUCCUCUGGUUGCAACUUAUCAAUUUCAAGUUGACUAUCCAAACAAUGAGUCAUUUGAUGUUGAUUUCCAAAAGAGGACUUAUAGUUGCUCAAGGUUUCAACUCAUUGGUAUCCCGUGUGGUCAUGCACUGGCUACCAUAUGGACAAGUGGUUCGGAUGUCAUGGACUUUAUCCAUGAAUGUUACAAAAAGGAGACAUUGUUGAAAGCUUAUGAAGGAAUGAUUUACCCCAUGCCAAGCUCGAAACAGUGGCUAAAGACUGUUCAUGUUCAAAAGAAAAGGGGUAGGCCACCGAAUGCAAAUCCUUGUGAAGCAACAAAGAAAAGAGAAGAUCGAUUGAGGAAGCAGAAAGAAAGAGUAGUUGGUGUUGCACAAGGUAGUCCCAGAACUUUCGCCAGACAAGGAAGUUCUCAGCAAGGUGGUCCUUUAACCAGGUUCGCCAUUGUUGAAGGGGGAGCUUGUUGCAGAGCUGUGGGAAGUUCUGUUCUGAUUCGAAGGGAUUUCGAAUCUGGCUAG